GGGCUGCCUUCUUGGCCCGCCUCACCUUCUGCAAUUGGCUAUGAGGCCUUGGGUCCUGCGCCUGCGCGAGAGUCAGGGCGGCGAGUAGCACCUGAUGGUAGGAGGUGGUAACCGUCCCUUCCCUUCCGCUGGCGGGAGCUUUAGAAAGCCACUCAAGAAAACACCAUGAAAGACACUGACAUCAAGAGACUACUGUAUGCCCAUCUUGUAUGCAUAUUUUCAAUUAUCCUAAGCAUCUUCAUUCCAUCAUUCUUCUUGGAGAACUUCUCAAUAUUGGAAACACACUUAACAUGGUUGUGCAUCUGUUCUGUUUUUGUAACUGCCGUCAAUUUAAUAUUAUAUUUAGUAGGGAAACCAAACACAUCUUCUAAAAGAAGUUCAUUAUCGUACAAGGUAACUAGACUUUUGAAAUGCUAUAUCUACUUUCUUAUGUCUUGUUUCUCCUUUCAUGUAAUUUUUGUUCUAUAUGGAGCACCACUAACAGAGUUGGUGUUGGAAACAUUUUCACUUGCAGUUCUUUUAUCUACUUUUACUACUGUACCUUGUUUAUGUUUGUUAGGACCAAACUUCAAAGCAUGGCUAAGAGUUUUCAGUAGAAAUGGGGCUACAUCCAUCUGGGAGAAUAGUCUCCAGAUCACUACAAUUUCUAGUAUUGUAGGAACAUGGCUUGGAGCCUUUCCUAUUCCACUCGAUUGGGGAAGACCAUGGCAGGAAUGGCCCAUCUCCUGCACGCUUGGAGCGACCUUUGGCUACGUGGCUGGCCUUGUCAUUUCGCCACUCUGGAUAUACUGGAAUAGAAAGGAACUUACAUACAAGAACAAUUAAUUGGAGCAAAGGGAGAAGAUAUUUCUUUGUGCAGAUUCCAUAAAGACUGUGCAGAAAUGUACAUGGUCUAAGCCAGGCAGUUCCACUUAACAGCACUGUUUUUUUAUGUCAUUACAACAUGAUGUGAUUGUAGCUUUUGAAACUAUGAAACCCCUGAGAGAUUGUACCAUCUAGUCGAAAUAAAGUAUUUAUAAUAGA